AUUUCCUUUCAACGUCAGGCAUUAAAUUUCUUGUGCGUAUCUCUUCACAUAUGUUAUUUGUAGGAAAUUUCUCUAUGGAACGCCAGAAAGCAUUAUGCGAGUUUUUCUCUGGAUUCUGGUGUCUUCAAUCUUUAAAAAUUUCUAAUACAACAACAACUAACAAUCACCAUCAUCAGGACAACGAAAAGAGUCUAUCGAUAUCUUCAUCGACUCCAUCGUCCCCAUCAUCAUCAUCACCCUUGUCCAAUGUAUAUAAUGUCUUAUCAAGUAAACAUGCUAUUUGUGUUCAAGCGACAAUGUUAUGUGAUACUCUACCAGAUUGUGAUUUAAGAGUACCUAUGAAUCAAGUGAAUUUAUCACAAGAUGAAACAAAUUGUAAUAUUAUGAUUCCAUCAAAUUAUUCUUUGAAAAAAUUUUCUAAAUUAUUGUAG